CACGGCGUUUUGCGGCGUUGACGGCGGCGCCACCCGCACAAAACGGCCUGGCCACACACCGUCGCGCCACCACACACAGUGUGCGUUUCGCGUUGCCGCCCGUUACCCCCGUAGUCCUCCGACACGACCGCAGCCGGCCGCCCGCAGACAUGUCAUACAGCGGCAACCGGCGCGGAAGGACCGACAGCUGCUGCAGUCUGUGCUGCAGAGGUCUGACGUGAAAACGACUCGCACCGUACCGGAACACGCGGCCACGGCAACGACGACCGCGGAGGCGGCGUCGGCGGCGGCAGUAGUGGCAGCGGCGGUGGUGACGACGACGACGACGGCGGUGGCGGUGGUAGUGGCAGUGGCAGCGUCAGUGGCAGUGGCCGAACGGUUACUCAGUGCUCCGGCACACGCACACCCGAGCAGAUAACCUGCGCAGUUGAGCACAAGCUACUAUCAUGGACGUCCCAGAUAAUCAAAUAUUAGGAAUGGAGAAAAAACAUAAACUAUGCUUUAGAAGCAUUCAAGACAUGAUCCCAGCUCGUGCGGUAUUAUAUUUAAUGUCAUUCAGUGGAUUCUUGGUCAGUUUCAUGAUGCGCACUGAUAUCAAUAUUGCUAUGGUAGCAAUGGCCAAAAUGAGAUUACGGUCUGAAAAUUCUUCGAAUUUAACCGAACUUUAUUGUUACACAUCGGUUACAAAUGGCACACAAUCGUUUGAAGAUCAAAAACCCAUGGAAGAGGGCGAAUUUGAUUGGGAUUCAACUGUGCAAUCUGCAAUCCUUGGUUCAUUUUAUUGGUGUUAUAUAUUGUCUCAAGUAGUCGGCGGUGUCUUAACACAACGUUUUGGAACAAAAACGGUUUUUGGAUUCUCACAAUUAACAACAGCAAUUGCUUCAUUACUCAUACCUCAGGCAGCUUCAUUGCAUUUCUCAGCAGUCAUAGCAUUGCGAUCACUUCAAGGAAUGGCAUCAGGACUUACUUGGCCCGCAAUGUAUGCACUUGUUGGUAUAUGGAUACCAUCCAAUGAGAGAACCAGGUUCAUGUCAUCAUUCCAAGGGUUUAGUUUCGGGAUUGGACUGACGUACAUGGUAUGCGGCUUCAUUAUUGGCAACUAUGGAUGGCGAGUGGUGUUUUACAUGAACGGUUCAUUGGGUGUCGCAUGGUGCUUGCUAUGGUGGUUACUAGCUUUUGAUCUACCUCACAAACAUCCAAGAAUAACUAGACGUGAACUGAACUAUAUCAAUGCCAACAUCGGAGAAAAUAUCAUAAACACAAAAGAUUUAAAAGUCCCAUGGUGUUCUAUUAUGACAUCCAUUCCAGCAUGGUCUAUUGGUAUAACAACAUUUGGUCGGAUAUGGGUCCAUUAUACAUUCAUAAUAUACGGUCCAUCUUACAUGAAGACAAUAUUAGGAUUCAGUAUACAAAAGAAUGGAUUUAUGAAUGGAGCUCCAUUUUUGUGCAGUUACCUUUCUUCUGUUGUGUUCUGUUAUGCAGCUGACUUCAUUAUAGCUCGUAAUCUUAUGAGCUUGACUAAUGUUCGUAAAAUGUUUACAGCUAUAUCUCAAGUCAUUCCAGGCCUUUUAGUACUGACUAUAGGUUAUUUGGGUUGUCAGAUCACAUUGAUUUUGGUCAUUUGGUUUGUAGCAGUUACACUGAUAACUGCUUCAUAUGCUGGAGCAAUGGCAAAUGUAGUUGAUAUUGCGCCAAACUUUGCCGGACAUAUAUUAGCAUUUGCACAAACUAUACAUAUGUCUGCAAGUUUUUUGUCUCCCCUUGCUGCAGCCAUAAUGCUCCAAGACAACCCAACUUUGGAGAGAUGGCGUAGAAUAUUUGCUGUGACUGCUUGUGUGGCGUGUGGAACUUAUGUAAUGUACCAGUUUGGUGGUACGGCAAAAGAACAAGUCUGGAACAAUCCAAAUCGCAAAAACAAUUCAGGUUCUGUUCGUGUUUCACCUGAAAAUAAUCAGCUUAUUGUGAAUAAUAAAACUGAUCCAGAAAGAGGAGAUGGAUAGAAGUUGAGAUGAAAAUAUUCAAGAAAAUAACAAUGGCGUACUUAGGUCCCCCACAUAUAGGGGCUAAAUCAAAUUAUUUUUACGAACGUUAAUUGUGAUAUAUAAUAUAAUAUUAUACAACAAAAAGAGAUGAUUAGCGCCGAUUACAAAAUCGGAUCUUCAAUAAAUCUCAUCAUUCCAAAUAAGACAGUGUUCUAAACUUAAUAUUAUAUUUUAUUAUAAUUUAAAACAAAUUUUAAUGUUUGUAAUCAUAGAAUUUUUAAGUGUGUGACCUUGUGUCCUCUAAUACGAAUUAAGUAGAGUAGAUAUAUCAAUCAAUUACUAUGUAUAUUUAUAUAGGUGUUUUAUUUAUUAGAAUUAAGUUGUAGUGAAAAUGUGUCAACGUUUUCAAAAAAAAAGGAAAAACAAAAAAUGAACAAGUGAUUGGACAGUAAUAAGUUGUUACACCUAUUUAUUAGUAUAAUUUUUUCCAUCAAGUAUAAAAAGCCAUUUUAAAAUUUACUACCUGAUUAUUUCUUUACAUCUUGUGCUCAUAUUUUUAGUUAAAAUGUUAUUUAUUACUAGAAUUGUAGAUCAACAAUGUGCCUUACCAUAUUCAUUUUAGAAAGUUUGUUUCAAUGGUAUUUUUCAAUUUUAAGUUUACAUUAUUUUAUUGCAUAUUUCCAUUUAAAAAAAAAAAUAUUUAUCUUUACUAGUAUAAUACUAGAUAAACAUGUAUGUAAUGAACAGUUCUAAACAUAAUUAUGCAAUUGACUAAUUCUUUUUUCAAUUUUUCAAUUAACCUUUAAACAUUUGUAUUAAAACAAAUCUACCUCCACUAUCUAAAUAUAAUGUAUUUAUUUUUUAGAAUUUAUAUAUGUGUCUAGAUAUUGUAUUUAAUGAGUUUUUUAACUGGGCAAAUGUAGUAGAUUAUAAUAUAUAGCCUAGAUUAGAGUUAUAUUAUGCUUGUUUCAGAUUUUUUAUUUUUAUAAAAUAUUUAUAGACGAGUUUUAAUAAAAUGUAAUAAUAAUAAUUAGGCAAAUUAUUUAAAAAAAAAAAAAAUGAGAUUUAUAAUAUACAUCAAACUAAUCAUUUUUAAAAGUUAGCAAUAAAAAAAACCAUUUUUGAUAAAAAAAAAAUCUCAGAUCAAUUUUGUUAUUGGUGAAAAUUGAAUUGAAAUUCAUCUGGGUAUUUUUUAUUUAUAUAACACUAAAUGCUGCUUUAAAAAAUAAAAUAAAGUUUUAUAUUAUUUAUUUAAUUUUGACUAGUUUAAUAUUGUGUGUAUAGUUCUAAAAACAAAAUACAGUAAUAAUGUACUUACUUAAACUGUAAAUAUGUAUACAAAAUCAUUUUUUGGAAGACAUCUUGAUUUUAUUUAUUUACUACAUUAAGUGGAAUAUAUAUUUUUUAAUAGAUUUAUCAAAAAUUAAUAAACAUGAAUAAUAAUUUUAGUUGUAAUUGUGUAAGCAAUAAGCAUAUAAUUACUACUAAACAACACUCGUAUAAUAUUGCAUGUAAUAUUUGAAGUAUGGUAUAACAAUUUAUAAAACUACUUUAUAUAUAUUGAUGUAUCUAAAAGUAAAAGAGAGCAGGUCGUGUUAUGUUCUAAAAUUCAAUCUUGAUUUACUUUUGUAAAAAAAAAAAAUGUUUCAAUAUUGAUAUUGUGUUCAAAUGUUCGAAAAAAAUAUAAAACAUUUAAAAUUCUAUAAACUGCGCCUUUUAGGUACCUAUUCUAAAUAAUUGGUUAUAGGCUUAUAGCCUCUGUGGUAUUUACUUAUUUUUAUAUCUAAGAUUGAUAAUUUAAUACAAUUUAAUGUUAUCAUAUUAAUAGCAUAUUUAUUUUACCCUAAUAUAUGAAAUUGAUUAGUUUUGGAAAAUAUCGAGACUUUUAGUUCAAACAAAUUCUAUUCUUGUACAUUCAUAGUCUAUUUAUAUUUCAGAAGCUAUUUUACACAAUACCUUACUAACUGUGACUUCAUAACUCUUUAAUUUACUUUUUGAACAAAUACAUUCAUACAUCUACAUUUUGAAAGCAUUCAAGUAUAUUAGUUGAUGACUUGUAAAUAUAAUGUACAUAUAGGUAACUUUUUAUUUAUAGUAUGUAUAUAAUAUGCAUUCUGAAUGCACAAAAUGUAAAUACGUAUAGCAAUAUAGAGUAUUCAUAAAAAAAUAAAAUAAUGUCGAUUGAUGUCGUGAUUAAAUAAUAAUUAAUUAUUUACCGAUAAAGGUAUGCUCGAAUACCUAUAGUGAAUUAUGAAUUAAUCAAAUCCUAAAACUAGGUUUCUGGAUUUGAACUAUGAAUCAGUUGCUUUUGUUUUGUAGGUAUGUAAUUACUAAUUAUCUAAUGACCUUUGAUACAAACAUAUGUUAUAAAUGUUAUAUAUAGUACACGAGCACUUUCAGUUUUGUAGAUAGGUACUGCAUAUAAUAAUAGAGACUGCUAUGACUUAUCGCUGUAAAUUAUUAAUGUAAGUAGAUAUAUUAGGUAUUCAAUUUAUUAUAGUAAACUGCCCUCUUUGAAAAAAAAUAGAUAAAUAUAUAUUUUAAAUGUACCUAUAUACAUACAGUAAAAGCUAAAAAAAAGUGAUGCUAAUAUUUUUUACUUUAAAUAUUUAAGGUUUCCAGUUCUUUAUUAAUAUAAUCACCAAAACCGCUGCCAUUCUCAAUAAAAGAUUCCUCUCAUUUUUUCCAUUUCAUCACAAUCCUCUAAUUUCUCGACCAAUACCUUACCUAAAAACCCAAUCAGAAUACUUUUAUUAGUAGAUGGUGAAGAGAUCUCAAUAAUAAAACAAAAAAUUAAAAUUACCUCUAUUAAAGUGUUAUUUAGACUCAGUGAGUACCUAUCUUUUCUUAUUCAAGUCUUUCAAGCCAUGUAAAAAUCUCCUAUUCAUAUAUGGUUAUAGUAAAAAUAGUUAUUUUUAGAUUAUUUAUUCUCAAAUUAAAAAAGUAAUAAUAAUAUAUGAUGAAGCAAUUACAUGCAUUAUUGCAGUACUGGGUACUAUGUUAUUAGAAAAUAAUGUUCUCUGCUUUAUGUUUUUUGGUAUAUUGUGUGUAGUUAUGAUCAGUGGUGUGUAUUAACACUUUUUAUUGUCUGGUUGCUAGUUGAUUAUACCACAGAAUAAAUUAUUCUGCGAUUAACCAUUAAAAAAAUGUAUCUUUGUAUAGAUUUUCUGCUGGAUUUUUAAACAAAAAGAAAGUAUCACCUAAAUACACAAUAGUUUAUACUUUAUUAUUAUAAUAUUAGUAUUCAAUUAUAGUAGAACUUUGUUAGGUGUUGUUAAUUGAUAAAAUAAAAUGUUUACUUUUCUUCCUUAAAAAUAGAGCACUUAUUCCAAAUGUGUAGGUACUAGGUCCCUUUUAUUAAGUAUUAUUUAUUUAGUAUUUGAUAUAGCUGUAUAUUUAUUUGGUUGGAGAUUGGUAACUUGGUAAGUAUAAUACAAAAAUAAAAAUGUUUUCUUGGUAGGUAGUAAGAAACCUACCUACUUGCCUAACAUAAAGCACUAUUCUAUUUUACACAUUUAAACAAUAUAUCAUAUUACCUAGUAACUAUUUGAGUUCAGGUGUAAAAUUAAAAUGGUUUUAAUUAAUCAACAUAAUACUUAUGCCAAUAAAAUAAAAUAUUAUAAACGUUUGAACACUUUAUAACAAUAUUUUUAAUUUUAUUAUUGUAGUCAUAUUAUAAACCUUAAUAGUUAUUAUACAUUAAUUGACUAUUACAUAAUUCAUUGUAUUUAAUUAUUAGAUACAAAUAUUGUUUAAAAGUCUUUGUGUUUCUCUGCUAGUAAAUCAUUAUUAUGCAAGCAAAAUGUAUAAUAUAAAUAUUGAUUUUUAGUUAAAAAAAUAUGUAACAUUGAAAUGUUUAAUUUUAGUAAGCGCUAAAAAGCACAGUUUUUUUUUUAUAUCAAGUUCGAACAUGAUAUAACAAAAUUAAAUUGACUAAAAAUUGAAUUUAUGCAGCUAUUAUUUUUUUGAAUUUAAAUAAUAUAGCAACUUAAUACUACAAAAUAGAUUAUUAAUACCACAUUUUGAUGAGACCACAACAAAACUACAGAAAUAGGAGAUUUUCUAUUUUAUCUCAUUUUAUCGUUGUACAACACUUUAUUCAUGUGGAGUUAAGACUUUUGAAAUGGAACAAAAUUAAGUGAUUGAACUAUGAAUUUCAAAACUAUAAUCAGUAAAAUCCCAGCUCCAACAUCAUUUGAAGCAAAAGAUUAGAUUAUCUAAGAAAUAUUAGCGCACCUAGUUAAAAUGCAAAAUAGAUUUUUAUACUUUAUAUUUUAAAAUUUACAUUUUACAAGUUAUUGAUCAUAAUUUUUGAAAGUGGACAGUUAUAAAUUGUUACAGGUUAUAUUAAUAUUUUAGUUCAUAAAUUAGUUCAUGGUAUAAGAAUUAAGUAGCUUGGGGGUUAUAAUGUACCCAGGAUUUUAGAACUGUUGGUCUGCCUUACUUACGAGAGGUCACUGUGUAGAAACUUCAACCAACUAGGUAUUACAAAGUCGACCAAUGCGCUCGCGUUUUACCUUAUUAGUUAUUUACAUCAUAUUUUGAUAUCAACAUUCAAUAUAUAUUACAUGAGUCAUAACAAAUUUUCAAGUAAAAUGUAAAAUUUACUUACAAGCUUUAGUAUUAAAGCUAUAUUUAAUUAAUUGUUAUUUUUAUUUGUUACAAUAAAUUUAUAUUCAAUUAAAAAAUUUACCUGAAAUAUUUAAAUCAAUAAAAGGGAUUAUACAUA